AUGUAGAUCAGAGUUUACAGCUUGGCUUUGUCUCUCAUCUCUGUUCUACCCUAAAUACCACUGUGCCAAAGUUCAGCGCUCACAGCCCGGAACAAUAGGAGAAAGAAGACACUGAACUAGAUUUUCUCUGGCAGCUUCAUCUUACAGAUUGUGUGUGAGUUGCCCUGAGACAACUGAAGGCAAACACCCAAAACUAUUCAACAAGGCAGCACAACAGGACCCCUGCCAUUUGCAAUGCAAAACUGAGAAGACACAGUCUUAAUUUACCCAGAGCAUCAUGGCCAAUAAGAAGGUGGAGGUCCCACGAAGGAUUGUGUCCAAGGAUGGCCACAACAAUGUGCGAAUUGACAAUGUGGAGGGCAUGGUCAAGCUGUACCUGCAUGACAUCUGGACCACUGUGGUGGACAUGAAAUGGCGCUACAAACUCACUCUGUUUGCCUCCACAUUCAUCAUGACUUGGUUCAUCUUUGGGGUCAUCUUUUACUUCAUUGGCAUGGGUAAUGGAGACUUUGAAGGUGGUUUGAAUUCCAACCACACGCCCUGCGUGAUGAAUGUGGAGACACUCACUGGAGCCUUCCUCUUCUCUCUGGAAUCACAAACCACCAUUGGCUAUGGUUUUCGUUACAUUUCAGAGGAAUGUCCUCUGGCUAUCUUCACACUGGUGGCUCAGCUUGUCAUCACCGGCCUCGCUGAGAUCUUUGUCACAGGUGCCUUUCUAGCCAAACUGGCUCGACCCAAGAAGCGAGCGGAGACCAUCAAGUUCAGCCAGUUGGCGGUGAUCUGCCGGCACCAAGGCAAGCUGUGUCUGAUGGUGAGAGUGGCUAACAUGCGGAAAAGCCUUCUGAUCCAGUGCCAGCUAACAGGAAAACUCUUCAACUCAAAUGUGACAGAGGAGGGUGAGAAAACACAACUCCACCAGACCUCUGUUGAUUUCCACAUGGACUCCAGUGGGGAGUGCCCUUUCCUCAUCCUCCCGCUCACCUUCUACCACAUUCUGGACGAGCACAGCCCGCUGGCAGGACUGAAUGCAGAAAACCUUCAGACUCGAGAGUUUGAGCUGCUGAUCACUCUCAAUGCCACAAUGGAGUCGACGGCAGCCACGUGUCAGAGCCGCACCUCCUACGUUCCUCAGGAGAUUCUCUGGGGCUACGAGUUCAAGCCGGUGCUGUUCAGCACCACAGGUGGCCGCUAUGUGGCAGAUUUCAAUUUUUUUGACAAGGUACAAGUGAGCAACGAUGCAACCUUCCUCAGAAACAACACCGAGAAGCUGAAAAUUGAGGAGGACUAUAAAAAAGAAUAGUUACUGUACUGUAUCAUGCCAGUCAGUUUUUCUCACCUCUAUGACCCCUAAUUUAAACACAUCUGAACAUUUUUGUACAAUAUCCAAAAACUUCAUUGUCUCUGCACAUUUUAUUUAUUCAUCAUCAUCAUCAUCAUUCUCAUUAUUGGGUCAAUAAUCCAAAAUAAAUUAGACUGGGUUUUAAUGGAAGAUUUAAGUAUCCCCAAAUUGUAUAUGCUUUAGGCCUUUUUAUAAUAAUUUAAAUGUUCUUUUUAGAUCCAGCGUUCCCUCAGAUUGACAAACAAAAAAGCUUUUUUGCUGAGACUUAACCAAGAUCUCAUCUGAUCUUUGUACAUUAAAUGUGAGGCUACAGUCAUAAUGACUGAGAACAGUAACAUGUAACAUCAUGUACUUGUUUACCCAGUCCAAAAAACUGUUAUGUAAAAGUGUGUUUUACAGUUUUUACAGGUGGAUUUGUGCUGAAAAGUAGGAAAAAUCAGUGGGUUUAGGAUGAGACAAGGCAGGACGUUUGUGAUAUUGUUAAUAUACAUGAUGCUCAGUGGGUGUUAGUCAGAAAACAUUUAUAACAAAGAUAUAAUGUGUGUGAUUAAUAAGACUAUAACAAGACUAAUAUGAAUUUAGUAUGAAAAUGUGUUAGUGCCUGUUACACAUCUACAGGUCACUAUUCCUGAAUUUGUAUGACCCAUGUUUUCCACAUGACAUUAUUCCUGGAGAAUGAUUGUAAGCAUUUUUAUGUAUUACUCAGUAAAGACAGACAAGGAUUAUGACGGUAUAAUAAUGCAUUAAACACGGUGAUAAACAGGGGGUACAUAAUGUGGAGCUUAAUAAAAAAAUAUAACUUGUUUUGUAAAUAAAUAUUCCUUUAUCCAGUAAAAAUAAAA